AAAAUUUUUUUUUAUUAGAAUUUUAUAAUGCGUUAUGUUGCAAAUUUUUUGGUGACGCUGUCUUUUUUGGGCUCUUCUUGUUCUUCAAAGUUGACUGAAAAUGAUUUUAUAGAAGAAAAUAUUAAUGCGUUAAAGUUACAUAGAUAUAAAUGCCAGUCAUUAGAAGUAUCAUUUUUAUUUUGGUUAGAAAAGUAUGAAUCAAAUGAACAUGCCAUUUUUUGUGCACUUCAAGUUAUUAAAAAUAAAAAUAUUGAGAGUAAACAAGCAUUUUGGGUUUUUCUUCACAAUAUUUUUACUAAAAAAAAUGAAGUUAAAAAAGCUGCUUUUGCACUUAAACAGCUGAAAAAUGCAAAAACAUUAACAAUAUCUGAAAGAUGGCAUUUUUUAGGUCCAUUUCAGAUUGGAAAACCUGAGUUUGAUGGAAAUCCUGCUUACGAUAACAAAAUCUCAAUUGAAAAACGAUGGGAUAGCACAUUUCUUGCUUAUUCUGAGCUAACUAAUCAAGCCAUUGUAAAAUGGGUGCAAGUUUUGUCUCAAAAUGGUGUGAUUUAUCUUGAUGUGAAUGUUAAUUGGAACAAUUUAAUAUCUUCAUUACAAUCAAUGGCAGUUACUGAAUGGCAAGGUGUUCUUGUGAAUGAUAUUGUUGUUACUAAAGAUAGUGACGUGCAAGUGCAAUGUUUGGGUGUUAAUGUUUUUUAUGUCAAUGAUAUGGUUAUUAAUGCAGAUGUUUAUCAUCGCCAAGAAUACUGGUAUCCACUAUCAUUGUCAUUGGGUAUUUAUACCAUAAAAGUGCCAGUACGAGCAAAAGUUAACACAAAGGUAAAAUGCAGUAUAGAAGUUUUAAAAAAGCGUAGUCUUAUUUUUCAUUAUGUUAAAUUUUCACCUGAUCUUGUUUCGGGAAAUUUAUUUGCUCCUUAUGUUUCUAUUUUGGUUUCAAACAUGAAUCCCAAAGAAACCCUUUCAAUCAAAAGUUUAAAAACAACUAGUAAUGAUUUGAUUGGUUUAUCUGCGGAACUAUUUUCUAAUUUUGAAAUUUAUCCAGGUCAAAUUAGCAAUAUUAUUUUAAAGCUUACAAGUUCGUUUGCAAAUGUUGAAUCUAGCUGUAAAAAUGAUUUGUUUGCAGUUAACCUUUUAUUUAAAGUUAGUGAUGGACAAGAGCAAGAAAUGUUAUUAAAUUUAAGAUGUAGAGAAGUAAACCAAUCUUUUUUGUUUACAUUUAUUGAUCAUGAUGGAUCAGUUCAACAUGCAGCUGCAAUUCAACCACUUUCUCCAUGUUUGUUAGAAAAAUGUCCAGUUCUACUAACGCUGCAUGGGACAGGAGUUACUGCACAAAAUCAGGCAGACAGCUACAAAUAUAUGAAAAAUGGAAAAUUUCUGUUUGGUGUUGAUAAAUUAUGGCUGCUUGCACCAACACGUCAUGGUGCUCACAAUUGGGAAGGUCCAGGAGAACUUACAGCUCUUACAUCUGUUAAAGAACUUUCAAUGCUUACCUUAAAAUAUUCAGGGUACUUUUCUAAAUGUGCUGACUCAGAUUUAAUUGUAUUUGCUGGUCAUUCAAUGGGUGGUCAUGGGGCUUGGCAAGUAUCGGUACAUAACCCAGAUCGCGCAUUAGCUGUUAUUUCUGGUGCUGGAUGGUUGAGUAAAGAAGAUUACGGGGAUUCAAAUCUUUUUUAUCAUUUUGAUGUUUCAAUUAGUUAUAUUGAUCCUGCAAUUAAACUUGUGCAAGAGGCAUGCAUAAAUGAAAAUCAUGCAGAUAAGCAUGCAUCAAAUUUAAAGGGAAUUUAUGUGAUGAUACGUGUCGGCGCUGAUGAUAAAACAGUUCAUCCAUAUUUUUCUCGGAGAAUGUUUCGUUUGUUAAAAGCAAAUAAUGUCAAUGUGACCUACAAUGAAAUAAAAGGAAAAGAACACUGGUGGUGGGACACCAAUAAGCCAAACGAUGGUGGUGUAACCAAUGACUUUCAAAUUAGAUCAUUUGCUACUAAUGCAGUUAAUAAUUAUGAGAGACUCCAUAAAACUUCUGAAUGCUCUCGUGAAAGUUGCAGCCAAGCGAAUGGGAAAUUAAAAUACACUAAGGCAGAAGAAAGAAGAAAUUUUGGAAAUUAUCAUUUUGUUGUAUUCAAUCCUGCAUCUUUUAAUGGAGGUAGAGGAAUUUAUGUCAUUCAGCAAAAAUUUCCAAUGCUUAAGUCGGAACUAAAAAUUGAAAUAAAAGAAAAGGACGUUCAUAUUUCAACAAUAAAUCUUCUUUGCAUACGUGUCGCAGAGCCAGUUAUUGAUCCAGUGAUGUGGCAAGAAAAACAUAUAUAUAUUGAUGGGUUUGAAAUUCAAAAGCCAAACCAAGAGUUACCAUGGUUUUUAUGUUUAAUUAAUGGGAUAUGGAACGUUUGUGAAGGAAAAGUUUAUGAACGGGAUAUCUCUACUUAUGGUCCAGCAAGAAGAAUUGCUGAAAACCCCUUUCAUAUAUCUAUAUGUGAUAAUGGAAAUAAUGAAGAAUCGUCAGUUCUUUUAAACUCGGCUAUAUUUCUUUCAAAUCUUUUCCAGUCUACUUCCGAUACAACUGUUUUGAUUAAAAGACUUAAUGUACUGCCUGAUGUUAUCUUAGAUAACAUGAUUUUAAUUGGCACAGAAAACUGUACUAAACACAUGGGACUAAGAAAACUUGUUAACUUCACAUCUAGUGGAUUGAGGAUUGGCCAGUGUCACUUACAAGGAGAAAACAUAUCAGCAUUAUAUCUAUUACCUCACAAUAAUCGACUAAUUCUUUUUCUCACUGCUCAAAAUGCAGAAAAUAUUCGGACUACUGUACUCAGGUCAUCGUUUCCUACUAUUCCUCCAAUGACCCGGUCACCAUUUUCAAAUCUUGUCCCUGACUAUUUGAUAUUUUCUUCAGAAAUUUUACCUAAAGGCCCUGGAGCAUUUUUAUGUGCAGGCUUUUGGAGUAAUGAAUGGACGUAUGAUAUAAAAACAUCUUCUUGUACAUGUUAAGUGUGUUAAUGUUAAGAUUAAUAGUUAUCUCAUAAAAGGUUUUUAUAAAUGGUAAAGUUGCAUAUUUA